AUGGCGACCCCGCCAAACACACUUGGCGCAAAGCCAGCGCUCUCACGCUUGAGCUCGGCCCCCUCGACCCCUACGAAGCGGAGCAGCAAAAAAGUCAUCAUCAUCGGUGCCGGUGCCGGUGGCACCGCUCUGGCAGCACGACUCGGUCGAAGAGGCUAUAAUGUCACGGUGCUCGAGAAGAACGAUUUUGGCGGAGGUCGAUGCUCGCUCAUCCACCACGACGGGCAUCGGUGGGACCAAGGUCCUUCGCUCUACCUCAUGCCCGAAGUGUUUGAGGCCUGUUUUAAGGAUCUGGGCGAGGACAUCCGUUCGCAUAUUCGUCUGCACCAGUGCAAUCCUGCCUACCGCGUCCAUUUCGCAGAUGGAGAAAAGAUGCUGCUCUCGUCCAACUUGAGUCAGAUGGGCGAGACGCUCAACUUUUUCGAGAAGCGCGCCGGCAACAAGGAGGACCCCUUGACCAACUUCCUCACUUUUCUCAAGGAGGCCGGCGAGAACUACGAAGAGUCGAUCAAGCACGUCUUGACCAAGGACUGGUCCGCCUGGUGGGCGUUCUUCCGCCCCGAGCUCUUCCCCAUGCUGUGGAAGACCAAAGGCCUGCGCAUCUACUCGACGCUUUACGAUCGCACCACCAAGUACUUCAAGUCUCGCCACGUUCGUCGCGCACUUACGUUUUCCGCCAUGUAUAUGGGUAUGAGCCCGUUCGAUGCCCCGGCCACCUACUCGCUGCUGCAGUACGCCGAGUACGCAAAGGGCAUCUGGUAUCCCAUCGGCGGCUUUUACAAGGUCGUCGAGGCCAUGGAGACGAUUGCGCGUGACAAGUUUGGUGUCGACUUCCGCUAUAACGCUUCAGUCAAGCGAAUUGUUCUUGACGAACGUCGUGGCACAACAACAGGUGUAGAGUUGGAAUCGGGCGAGGUGCUCGAAGCCGACGUGGUUGUCAGCAACGCCGAUCUGGUAUGGACGUACAACAACCUCUUACCCCCUUCCUCGUACGCUAAAAAGCUAAGGAGCAAAGACCAGACGUGUUCGUCCAUCUCGUUUUACUGGUCGCUCAGCUCAGUUGUGGAAGAACUCGGUGGGCACAAUAUCUUCCUUGCCGACGCGUAUCAAGAGUCGUUCGACGAGAUCUUUCGCGAUGGAGACACGCCUUCCGAACCGUCAUUCUACGUCAACGUGCCCUCGCGCCUCGACCCCUCUGCUGCUCCGGAAGGCAAAGACACGCUCGUUAUCCUGGUACCAUGUGGGCCUAUCUCGAUCCCCGAAAAGCCCUGCACCGAUCCGGCCAAGGGUGCCCGCAGCCGCGAGCAGUUCCAAAAAACCAAAGACCGCGCGCGUCGCCAGGUGAUCGAGACGCUCAAAAAGCGACUCAACCGCCCGGACUUCGAAAGGCUGAUCGAGCACGAGAUCGUCAACGACCCCUUCGACUGGGCGGACAAAUUCAACCUCUUUCGCGGCUCCAUCUUGGGGCUGAGCCACACCAUCCCGCAAGUCCUCUGGUUCCGACCGUCGAUCCAGCACGCCUCGUACGAGAACCUGUUCUUCGUCGGCGCCUCGACGCAGCCUGGUACCGGCGUGCCCGUGGUCGUGGCGGGCAGUGGCGUGGUGGCGGAGAGGGUGAGUGCGUUUUUGGAGGGCAGGGAGCAAGGUUGGCUGAGCUGGGAGGCCAUCCGCGGGAGCAUCUGCUUGGCGUUCUUGGCGCUGCUGGGCGUCAUUUUCUUUGGCUUCGCUGCGGGAUUUAUCUUGCUAGGUCUGGUGAUUGCUGUGUCGGUGCACCUGCUGGGCAUCGCUGACGUGCCCGGUCUGGUGCGCUCCAAGGUCAUGCCCGAAUGA